CACAGGAAGGAUUCACUUUUUGAAUGAACUGGAUGUCCAAGCGGAAGAGAAUUUACGUGUAUUUCAUACUCAGCAGGAUUAUAUGCCUGGUUUGGAUACACCUUAAUUGUUAAUCAUAACGAAAUCUGUCAUGCUUUUGGAUAAAAAACUCGGUGUGCUUGUGGUGACGUUAAUGGUUGUGAAACCAUGAUAAGAUGAAGCGAUACGGAGAUGCUAACUAUACAUCUGUGCAUAACAAGCUAGCUGAAGCUAUCAGUUAACUGCUGUGUUUUUAUGAAGAAUACGAGCUAUCUACGAGGGGAAAGAUGCUUAAAAGAGGACAAUGGUGUAACACAAAUGUACAUGGAGGCCAUGAGGAUGGUCACAGCUGGCUGAGGUUUACCCACUGACACAGCAGGUUCAUCCAGGUUGAAAAGAAGCAGGAGCCAUGAAAGAAGCAGGUAGGGCAGAGUGUGGAGGCGAGGCUCUAUUUGAGGACCUGGACUUCCCCUCUGACGACACGUCCCUGUUCUCUGACAGCUCCACGCCCAUCGCCAAAUUGCAGGGAGACAUCACCUGGCUACGCCCGCAGGAAAUCUGCCAGUCGCCAGCUCUGUUCCCUGACGACAUCAACCUGGGUCAUGCAAAACAAGGCUUAUUAGGAGAUUGCUGGUUCCUCUGUGCCUGCACCUCCUUGCUCAAGAGCAAACAUCUACUGAACAAGGUGUUGCCACCAGACCAGCCCCAGUGGGGUGACAGCAGGUACAGGGGCUCCUUCCAGUUUAGUUUUUGGGAGCAGGGACACUGGACAGAGGUGACCAUUGACGACCGCCUGCCCUGUAUCAAUUCCACUCUCUGCUUCUCACGUUGCCACUCCCCCACCGCCUUUUGGGUAGCCCUGUUGGAGAAAGCCUAUGCCAAGCUUCACGGCUCAUAUGAGCGGCUGUGGGCAGGGCAGGUGUCCGAGGCCCUGGUGGAUUUGACCGGCGGCGUGGCGGAGCGCUGGAGCUUGGGAGAGUCCGAGGAGGAGCAGAGACUAGAACAGGACAGUGACCAGGUCAGGAGGAGAAGGCUGGACCUGAACCUUCUGUAUCCAGUGAAAGACGAGUGUGCGCUCAGCUGCUCUACUCACAGCAGUCCCGGAGGUGCCAGUGAGCUGGGUCAGUACCACGCGCUGACUGUCAUGGAGUGGUUGGAUGUGAAGACGGUGUCAGGGAGCAAAGUACUUCUGCUCAGGAUCAGAAACCCCUGGGGAAGAUGCUGCUGGGGAGGGGCCUGGAUGGGGAGUGGUGUGGGUUGGAGAGCUGUGGACCCUGUUUCUGCUUUGGACCUACAAGCCAGGGUGGCUGAGGGCGAGUUCUGGUUGGAUGAGACAAAUUUCCUGUCCCAGUUUGAUGAUGUCACAGUGGGCUACCCCAUCAAUGAUGAGGGGCACCUAAAGAGCAUAUAUACUGGAAAUCUGCUGACACACAACCACCAGCUGGCUGGCCGGUGGAUGAGAGGACACUCCGCCGGUGGCAGCCGAAACAGCAGCAGCUAUGGCAGCAACCCAAAAUUUUGGCUCAAAGUGUGCGAGAGAGGAGAGUUGCUGGUGUCCCUGCUACAGCAUAGAAAAUGGAGAACCACGGAGAAAUACGCACAAACGCCACUCGAGGAGAGCAACAACACAACACACCAGCACUACCAGGCUAUCGCUCUACACAUGUGGAAGGUGGAGAAAAGGCGUUUUAAUCUAAGCCGGAUGUUGAACAAACCUCCUUGUGCUUCUACUCACUGCCACGCCUACGAAAGAGAGGUGGUUCUCCAUGGGCAGCUGGAGCCUGGAUACUACCUGCUCAUCCCCAGCACCUACCAGCCAGGAGCUGAGGCCCGCUUCCUCAUCAGGGCCUUUUCCUCCACUUCCACAUCCCUCAGUGCCCUGAAAAGUCCAGCGCCUUCGCUGCCAUUGACGACAGAUGGAGAGUGGGAGACCAGUUACUUCCGGGGCUCGUGGGUUGAGGGAAAGACAGCCGGAGGAAGCAGAAACUUCCUCUCUCACUGGCAGAACCCUUGUUUCCCUUUUACAGUGUGUGAUGAGUCAGCAGUGACAUCAGGAGUUAAUGUCAAGAUUACCCUGCACCAGAGCCGCCCUGACACUGACCUGCACCCUAUUGCCUUUCACAUUUAUAAGUACCCAGAAGGGGAAUCCGAGCAGACAUUACCCAGGAACGAGGAUCCAGCAGCCAGUUGUGUUCCUCACUGCUACACCCAGGAUGUCAGUCUGGCCUGCUGUCUUCCUCCUGGAGCUUACACCAUAGUGCCCUCCACUUAUCAGCCUGACUGCUCAGCAAACUUCACCCUCAGCCUGGCUCGCAGAAUACACAGGAAAGUGGUGAAAAGCCAGGAGAGGCUGGGAAGUGCCAUUCAGGAGAUCUCUCACAUCUCUGUGAUGCAAAGCUAGUUCUCUGGGACUGUUGCUGCUUCACUGACGUCAGCUCACCUCCCAGUGCCUCUUGGCCCAUGAUGAAAGAACCAGUUCUCCCAUCCACCCUCACCAUGGAGGCUGUGUGCGCGCGCAUGUAUGUGUAUGUAUGUGUACCGCCAGUGACUGAGAAGGCAGGCAGGCAGGCAGAUAUAGUGGGAAUGUGUGUGUCGGGAAUCCUGGAAACCCCUUUAUCCUGAACCGCUGAGGCUCAGGGCUGUUGGGCAGCCACACACACUCAUCGGCGAUUAGGACAUCAGAAGUUGUCGGUGGGCUGGGCUGCUAAUGAAGUAUGACGGGACUGGAUGGUGUAAACAAACAGCCGCCAUUGAAGAGGGCCGCCGCUGCUCUUGCUCAUUCACUUACUGGUGCGCCUGCCGGCCCGGAACAAAGGGCCCUCUCAUGAAGGUCCUCACAGAGGCACAGGGGGCAAGGGGCGAGGGGAUGGUCUCCGACAGCAGAGCCAACCAAACCACACCACACCAUACCGUGCCAUAACCAUGCCAGAGCUUUCCUCCCAUCCUUCACCACCAGAUACUUUGCUCCUUACCUAGCUUGAAUUGUUUGUCUGUUAGACACAGACAGGAUUUUCUCAGUAUGUCAUCAGCAAACAUGCUUGCCAUCCAGACUAACACUAAAGUCAUACUGGACCUAAAGAAGUCCACUUUGUUCCUGACUCCAUCCUCACCCCCCAGCUCCCUUUUUGUCCUCCCAGACUCGGUCCACAGCUCUUCUUGGACCUGAACAGAGCCACGGUUUGAAGUUGCCGCAAGAACAGAUGACAAGCGGGCGGAUGGAGGGGAUGAAACGAGGGAUGCGGCACAUCAGAGGAGGCUAGUUUAAAUGAAGAAGCCGCCAGUCCUUUUUUGUGUUGAGGCUGCAUAUGUGUGGUGGUGUGUGUCUGCCAGCUCGUAGCCAUGUCUGUGUCAAAGUCACAGGGUUUGUGAUUAUUAAUUGGAGCCAGUGUUAACAUAGACUUUUACAAAGCUAUAAUUAACUGAUUAGAGUGGUACUGUGUGUUUAUUAUGUUUGGAAGUAAGAUAUGAUGAAUAAAAUGUUAAAACAUAA